AACUUAUACGCGACGUGUUUGUAAUAUCGCAGCAGCGUGGUAAGGUAACCUGUCUGCAUUUGGCUUGUUCAAGACUCAUUUGGUAUUAUGACAAUGGCGACAUGACUUCAGCAAUCAUCUCAGCGUUAAAUGUGUUGACAAAACCACUCGGUGCAGAGGCCCAUGUGAGAGAAACUCAGUCAUCCCAGCGUGACGCUAUCUUGGGGGCAUUGCGGACAAACAGAGUUCUGCUACUGGAGCAGCUGCAGAGCGACGAGAGCCUUAAGGAGGCAUGGGCGUUGCGGGAGGCGGAGAGGACGGCGGCGGCCUGGUUCUGUAGCGAAGCAGAGGAGGAUGUCCCCUGGGCCUUUGCUCAGGAGUGUUUCCUCCUGUUGCUCACCCUCGCCCGCCACCUCUCCACCCAGAUGGCGCUCUUCGAGUGCACUCCGCCGGCGGCCAAUCGGCACACCCCCGAGGCUGCCCCGGCCCUGCCGCCGGACGUGCUGAGCGUGAGCCAGCAGAAGACGCUGGGCGCCGCCCUCCAGUUCACCGUCUCCCUCGGGCUCUGUGCUCACCUGGUGCCCGGGGUGGGCUUGGCCCUGGAGCGCCGCUCCGCGUUCGGCCCGCUGCUGGCGGGGUUGGUGCGACGCGACGGCGCCGCGCCCUCCGCACCCCCCGCCGCGCGCCGGCUGCUGACCGCCACCACGGUGCUGCUGCGACUGAGCGAGCUGCCGUCUCUGGCCACGCUGGUGUACACCCGUCACCUGGGCGACCUCAUGGCUGCUCUGUGCCAGCUGGGUCAUCAGCCGCAGUGCUCCCAGGGAGACAAGGAUUUGAAUUUGGAAGAACGCACAGCUUGCAGGGCGGCCCUGAAAAGCAUUCUGGGUACAGUCUAUCAGCCCAUCGUAAUCAAGGAGCUACUGAUACUCCAAGGUGGACCCAAACAGGUGUCCUCAACAGCAGGGGCCAAUGGGGCCCCCAGCAGGCCGGCAACAGUAGCAACUCCUGCCUGGCUCCGGCGUCUGUGUGGCCAGCUGCUGUCUGACAGGCUGAUGCAGCCUCACGGGGUCCACGCCGUAGCCAGGGCCAUCCUUGAGGGAGGCACAGGGGGUGACUCCGACUGGAGGAGGUGUGACGGUGUUGCUAGGAUACUGGUGGCCUGUCCUCAGCAGUGUGUCUCAGCAGACCUCUACUACAGACAGGUCUGCCCUCAGAUUAUAGAACUGCUGCACUUCAAAGACAAACUGACCGCCAGGCAAUUCCAGCGCGUUGCCACCAGGGCGGCGCUCACCAUAGUGGAGGAGAAACCACAGUUUGGACAGCAGUACCUCCUGGAACCUCUCCUUGGCCCGCUGAAGCGCUGCUGCUCCAUGGCAACCGGCGAGGCCUCUGUGGAGGAGUGGGCGCUGAGCCGCAGUGUGGACGAUGUUUACAAGAUCUGGGUGAUAGGGAACAGUGCGUCGGUCCCCGUGCUGACGGCGCUGGAGCCAGUGCUGUCUGUCGUGUUCAGCCUGUUCUGUUUCACCAAGCAGAACGUCUCCCACCUGCGCGCCCCGUGCCAGGAGAUCUUGCUGUGGUACCUGGGCCACGCCGAGCAGGCCCAGGUCUUCCCCGUGCUGCGGGGGCUCUGUAGCCUGGACGGGCAGGAGGGCGGGGGGGCGUCUGGGCUGCACUUCACCCCGGGCAGCGACGGAGGGGCUCAGCUGGCUCCCAGAGGGACCGACAGGCCCAGUGACGAGGACGAGGCGCUGUAUGAGCGCGUCUCCGGGGAGCAGCGGAGGGUGGAGUGUCUGGUGCUGCUGCUGGCUGAGCUCAAGGACAGCGACCUGCCGGGAGACUUCUUCCUGGAGCUGCUGCAGGAGCUGACUCUGUGGGCCGCAGAGGAAGACGAGGAGGAGCAGGAAGUGGACCUAGGCGCCAUGAGUCUGCUGGAGGCGGAGGAGCACCGGUCGGGCCGGGCCGCGGCCGGCGGUCGGAGGUUGGCCCUCCUGCAGGCCCUGGCGGCGCUGUGCGAGGGUCUGCCCCACGCCACGCUGCUCAGGAAGACCACCCAGGUGGUGGGGUUUGUGGUGUCCCUGCUCCAGAGGGCCUGUGCGGGCCUGUCCGGUCCUACCACUGAGCAGCCAGUGGAGAGCGAGACUCUCAGCAUGGCCAUGGGCCUGGUGGCCACCCUGCUGUCUGAACCUCAGAAGCUCGGGGCGGAGGACUACGCCUGCAUGGCCCGCCUGCUGCCGCCCCUGCACGAGGUUUCCCUGCAGCACCCGGAGCCGCUGAUCCAGGGGCUGGCGGGAGACCUGCGGUCCGUCAUCGCCACCCACGGCGCCUGCCGGCCCGAGGGCCUGCCGGCCUGCUCCGGCCCCGAGAGGAACGACGCGGCGCGAGACGGGAACGCCCCGCCUCCCCCCGGAGACCGCUCCCACCCGCCGGCGACCGCCACGAGACCUGCCGCGGAGACGACCACCCUGCACACCAAUCCACUGCCGCCGCCGCCGCCGGGGCCCACCGGGGGGCCUCAGGCCCACGUCGGCCCCCUGAAAAGCGUUGACGCCCGAACCGCGUCGCCCACCGCCGCCACAAGGCCCUGCCGCCCGGGGCCGCUGCCGGAGCCCCCCCGAGCCUUCUCGGACUGGCUGCUGGAGGCGUGCGACCCGGACGUGCCGACGCGAGCGGUGGCCCUGAGGAGGCUGACGCGCAUGGUGACGGAGAGGCUCCCCGCGGCGCUCCAGGCCGAGGAACGGGUCCUCGUGCUCUUCUUGGAGAACCUGGAACACGAUGACACAUUUGUGUACCUGUCAGCCAUUCAAGGCCUGGCAGCGCUGGCCGACUCCUUCCCCGAGAGGAUCCUGGAGAGGCUGCUGGGCGAGUUCAGGGGGCCCUCCCGCCCCGACCGGGAGCACGCGCUGGAGACGCGCCUCAAGGUCGGAGAGGUGCUGAUGAGGGCCAGCCGGGCCAUGGGUGAUCUGGCGCCCCACCUGGGACGGCCCCUCAUGGUGGCCUUCCUGCAGGGCACUCGGGACCAGGACCCCACGGUGAGGGCCAGCUCCCUGUCCAACCUGGGGGAGCUGAGCCACAGGCUGGACUACGCGCUGGGUCCCCUGGCUCUGGAGCUGAGCUCUUGUUUGUCAGCGCUUAUCAAGACGGAGAAGGAGGCUGAGGUGAGGAGGGCGGCGGUCCAUGUCAUCACCCUCCUCCUCCGUGGCCUCAGUGACAAGACCACCCAGGUUCUCGGGGAUGUUCUCCUGGAUCUGUACCGCUCGCUCAAGUGGGCGGUGCGCUCGGACCCGGAUCAGGUCACCGUGCUCCACGCCCAGCUGGCGUUGGAGGAGCUGGAUGAUGUCAUGAAGCGCUACAUUUUUCCUAAACAGAAGCUGGAAAAAAAGAUUGUGGUCCUUCCAUGAAGGCAAAGGAAGGGGAAUUCAGCCUUUAUUUCAGAAAACCACCCAAACUGACCACCGGCCUGCACCUGUUGGCUACCAACCAUCACAACAUUUUAUGUGAAUGUGUGUGUGUGUAUAUAUAUGUAUAUCACGCACACACACAACCCACCACAUAUCCUGUGUUUCUCCAAUGACAACCGCCUAAAACAUUCUCUCCUUUGUCCUGUAAGCUGUGCUUCAAUGGGCUAGGCUGUAAACGGUCAAUGAGGUAGGAGCUGCUCAACAUACAGAGCUCUCUGCCCUCUCCGUCUCCCCCUGUGUGAACACGAGUGGACAAACAGAAACAGGGUCUCAGCGGUGUUUGCUGGGCAUUGAUGAGUCUGCCCUCUCGGGGUCAUGGCAUUACCGUAGCAGAGCUGGAAAGGGUCUGGAUGCGAUGUCUAGUAUUACCAUUGUGAACGUGGGCCGCUUUGGAAUGCCAUCCACAAGUGCCUGCACAAAUGUUUUUGCCAAGGUGCUUAUGUGUGUAUGAAUUGAAUUGAUCACUUCAACUAAACAGUUAAGCAGGUAUAGACAAUAGCAGUGUAUAUGUUUAAGAUACCUCUGUUGCUUCCUGUCAUUUUAUACAAUAAAACGGCCCCCUUUUGUGAGAAAAAGGGGGGUCUUUGAUUUCAA